AUGGAGGAGGAGCUGCUACCACCUGGCACUGGAUCCAGCUGCAGCACCAUCAGCACCACACCCAAUAUGAUGCAGGCCAACACUGUCCUUUGUGCUGUCCCCGACGUGCCACCGGCAUUGCCACUCCUGACGCCGUAUUCGACACACUACCAGCCGACGCUGCCUCUGGUGAAUAACUUUUAUAUCCAAGUUGGACAUGAAAAUGGAAAGGAAGCAGUCACAGGUGGAUUUUUUGGGAACUUGUUCAGAACUCUGAUUGAGCUUACAAAUUCCACAUACACUCUCUCCGUUCUGCCCGGCUACUCCUACGGUCACCGCAGGCCCAACUCGACCGAGUGGAGCGGGCUGAUCGGCGUCCUGCAGAGGAGGGAGGCCGACAUCUCUGCCUGCGAAGUGACCAUCGGCCUGGACCGCAUCGACGCGCUGAGUUUCGCCCAGCCAGUGCGCAACGCUGGGUGCAGGUUUUACUUUCAGAAGCAGUUCCAAGAGAUGAUGUUCAAGCCGUACCUGCAGCCGUUUGACGGAAGAGUCUGGAUUGCACUGCUGGUAUAUGUGAUAGCGACGGGCAUCCUCAAGUGGUUCUUCCACUACUUGCUGCGCGAACGCGCGGACCCAAUAACAGCAACGUUUGCCAUUGUUGCAGCGUUGUUAAACCAAGCGUCAGGCGAUUCUCGCAGAUGUGCAAUUCGAGUGCUGUACUUUUGGAUCUGUGCCCUUUUCCUCAUCCUGAGGAUCGGAUACGGCGCCAGGCUAACUGCCACAUCCACUCUCAGGCAGUCUACUCUGCCUUACCAUGGAAUGGAGGACAUCCUCGCCAGUGACUGGAGCGUCAAUAUCAUCAGUAACAGCUUUGCGUUGGAAUCAAUGCAGAUGUCACCUUCAAACAGCACUGCACGGAAAUUAUGGCAAACAAAAAUUGACAACAAUCCUGACAGCAUGGUGCAAACUGUUGAAGAUGGUUUGAAGAAUGUUCUUGACCAGAAAAAUUUGGCGUUUUUGGGCUUUGAAGACUCUUGCCGCGAGGUGCUGCACAGCAGAUUUUCACCCGAUCAGUCGUGCAAGAUUUCGGAACUUGAUGGAGUUUUCUUUAAAGCACCGCUCUCAUUUGCACUACCACGUGACUCUGAGUUCUUGGUAACUAUUAACUACUGGAUACUGAAACUCUUUGAGAGCGGCAUCAUUGAUCGUCUUUCCCGGAAGUGGUUGCCAAAGCCGUCCGUGUGCGACGAUAACAAGUGGUAUUGCCCGCGGUAUCGCGGACGCACAUUCUGGCAGCCGGACGGUCUUCUCCAGACGUCGCAUUGGUGGUCACGCGUCAACACAUUCAGCGUCUGGCAUGGCGGCUCUCAAGAGCUGCGCGGUGUGAUGUACAGACCUCCAAGGUGGGCGCGGAGGACACCGGAGUGA